AUGGGAGAAGUACGUGUCGCCAAGUCCUCGUCAUUCUCGAGUGUCAUCGAUAAGUAUCGACCGAAGCUCGAGCAGUACGAGGAAUUGUAUAAACACUACCACGCAAAUGGCGAAUUGUCAACCCAAGAAAAAGAGACAGCAGCUUCCAUCACGGAGCAUUUGAAGAAACUGUCAUCAGACUUCGACAUCAGAACCGGCAUCGGAGGCCAUGGACAGAUUGCCAUACUAAAGAACGGCGAGGGGAAGACGAUUCUCCUACGCGCAGAUAUUGACGCCUUACCGGUCGCAGAGAAAACCGGUCUCCCCUAUGCAAGCAAGAAGACACAGCUCGAUGUCGACGGCGUAGUGAAGCCGGUGAUGCACGCCUGCGGCCACGACUUCCACAUCACAUCACUGCUCGCGGCGGCAGAGACACUCAUCGCAGCACAGGCCGAAUGGAGUGGCACAAUCGUCUUCCUCUUCCAGCCAGCCGAGGAACGAGGCUGCGGUGCACAGGCAAUGGUUGACGAUGGGCUAUACGACGCCAAGAAACACGCAUGCCCAAUUCCGGAUGUAGUGCUGGGCCAGCACGUCUUUCCCUUACAAGCGGGCAAGACGGGCCUGAAGCCUGGGCCUCUGAUGUCCGCAGCCGACAGCUUCAAGAUCACCAUCUACGGCAGCGGCGGGCACGGGUCGAUGCCACACAUGACGAUCGACCCGGUCGUGAUUGCGAGCCACGUCGUCGUGCGCCUGCAGACCAUCGUGUCACGAGAGGUGCCGCCAGACGAGACUGCCGUUGUCACUGUCGGCGCCCUUAACGCCGGGAGCACCGAGAAUGUCAUCUCCGACGAGGCCAUCAUCAAGAUCAACAUCCGCUCUGUGAGCGCCGAGUGGCGCGAGAAGAUCCUCGCUUCGGUGCGUCGCAUCGUCAAGGCCGAAACCCUGGCCGGGAACUCGCCUAAGGAGGCGACCAUCGAGCCGACUUCGUCGUUCCCACUGACGAUCAACGACGCCGAAACCGCAGGGAUCAUCAAUAAAUCGUUCACGGAGCACUUUGGCGAUCAGCAUGAUCCGGCGAUCAAGAACGUGUUGGGUAGUGAGGAUUUCGGGAUCCUGGGCUCGUAUAUCGAUAGGCCUUAUUGUUUCUGGUUCUUUGGCGGACAUGAUAGGGCCAUUUUCGAUGAGAAGACAAAGAGUGGGCAGGGCCAUACUAUUCCUGUCAACCAUAGUCCGUUCUUUGCGCCGGUCAUACAGCCUACUUUGACUACAGGUGUGGAUGCAUUGGUGGUUGCGGCUUUGACCUACCUUGGAAAAGACAGGAAGUGA